ACUACGCAGCACAUUUUCCAGGAAGUGUGGGCUGCAACGAUUGUGUGCUCUUAACUAAUCCUGAGUAAGGUGGCCACUUUGACAGUCUUCUCAUGCUGCCUCUGCCACCUUCUCAACCAGAAGGUACCAUUUCAACUCUAACAAAGCAUGAUCGAAACUUAUAGCCAACCUUCUCCCCGGUCUGUGACUACUGGACCUCCCGUCAGUAUGAAAAUUUUUAUGUAUUUACUUACUAUUUUUCUUAUCACCCAGAUGAUUGGGUCAGCACUUUUUGCUGUGUAUCUUCACAGAAGGUUGGACAAGAUAGAAGAUGAAAGGAAUCUCCAUGAAGAUUUUGUGUUCAUGAAAAUGAUACAGAGAUGCGCCAAAGGAGAGGGGUCCUUAUCCUUGCUGAACUGUGAGCAAAUUAAAAACCAGUUCGGAGGUUUUGUCAAGGAUAUAAUGCGAAAUGAAGAGGCGAAGAAGAAAGAAAAAACUUUUGAAAUGCAAAAAGGUGAUCAGGAGCCUCAAAUUGCAGCCCAUGUCAUAAGUGAUGCCAGUAGUAAAACAGCGUCUGUUCUCCAGUGGGCCGAAAAAGGAUAUUACACCAUGAGCACCAAGUUGGUAGAACUCAAAUAUAAGAAGCAGCUGACCGUUCAAAGACAAGGGCUGUAUUAUAUCUAUGCCCAAGUCACCUUCUGUUCCAAUCGGGAAGCUUCGGGACAAAUGCCAUUUAUAGCUAGCCUCUGCCUGAGGUCCCCAAGUGAAUCUGAAAGAAUCUUACUCAGAGCAGCAAAUACCCACAGUUCCUCCAAGCCUUGCGGACAACAAUCCAUCCACUUGGGAGGAGUUUUUGAAUUGCAACCAGGUGCUUCGGUAUUUGUCAACGUGACUGACCCAAGCCAAGUGAGUCACGGGACUGGCUUCACGUCUUUCGGCCUACUCAAACUCUGAACAGUGGAGCCUCCCCGACUGCGGCUGAGCUGACAUGGGCAGUCUUCAUAAUACAGCAAAGCAGUUAAGACCACCCCCUGUUGAACUGCCUAUUUAUAACCCUAGGACCCUCCUCAGGGAGAACUAUUUAUUAUAUACCCCAAGGCAUGUAGGGCUGUAAUAAGUGAAUUACAGGGCGGGGGAAACUAAAACAGGCCCUGCUCCAUGAGCGCUUCUAUUCAGAAGCAGAAACCCCACUGACGCAGACAUCCAGAGAGUCAUAAGAGAAAAUCAUCACGCACAGAGUGAAUGCUGAGCAAACCGCAGAUAAUUCACCAAGUUUAGUUCUGUUUCUUUCGUGUGCAAUGUCUUCCAGUGGAUCGUGUAUUUAAUUGAUCAGUGGAGAUGUGGAAGGGAAAUGAGGAGAAGCCUCCACUCACAUUCAAUUAUGGUUGACUCUGGGACGCUGUGGCCCUGAUAGGGAAUCAGGUUCUAUAAAGUCCAACACAAUGGAGAACUGAAAAACCCUGGUUCCACCAUAUACCCCGACACUCAGUCUCUCCCUCUCUUUACCACACGUGUGUGUGUGCGCGCACGCACACACGCGCACACACACACACAAGUCAGGCAGUUGCUAAUCAGUUAUCUAAUCUCAACACUGUCCCUAUCUCUGCCACUGUAGAUGGGGAGGGCAGGGAAAGCAGCUCUGAGCCCUGCCCACUCCUCAUCGCGAAGUAACUGUAUUUAAAGGAAAUCUAUUGUAUCUAUCUGCGGUCUCCAUUGUUU